UCGAUUGGAGCGAUGCAGCCGGAGCUGAGCGACGCGGAGCUGCUCGCGUUGGAGUUGGAUUUGUUCUGCACCGAAUGUGAUAGACCUGAACUUUGUGAGGGAGAUGAUGAUCGUACCUCUAACAGAUCCACUGAAUCUUGCUGUACUGGACAAGAAACUGUUGAAGAUAUUUGUAGUGGAAACAAGCAAUCCUCCAAUCAGCUAAAUGUGUCUGAACAGAAAAGCGACGUGCGACCUGAGGGCAGUGGCAGUAAACGGAAAAAGCAGGAUGAAAGGAUCCCGCUGGAGCGCUUUGGUCGAAGGUACCUGAAUGUCACUGACCUGAGUCGACAGGCUUGGUGCGAGCAGCAAGUGGUUUAUGGUCUAGAACUGCCACACAUUGAACAACUGCGAGAAGAAGUUCCAGUUGUGAAAGCUGGUAGCUGUCUACACCUGGCAAGAGAAUUGGAGGUCCAAGAUAUUGUCCCAAUAAAAGUAGAGAGCCGAGAAGAUAGCUGGGCUGUGAAGAUACUUAAUCUUCUCUCAAUGAUCCAGUUCUUGCAAGCAGGAGAGCGUGUCCGAGAGCUGCCAGUGUUUGGAGAGCUGGAGGGGAUUUUCCUUGUUGGUGUUGUUGAUGAGCUGUGCUAUAAUUCCAAAGGUGAACUGGAAUUGCAUGAACUGAAAACUCGUGGUCAGCGAACAUAUCCCAGUGUAGCUCAAAGGAAGAGUCAUCAGUUACAAGUUAAUAUAUACAAACUUCUCUUUGAGGCUAUGAUAAAAGGCCAACUGAACAAGGACACUAUCACUCACCAUCUUUGCUUAAGGACGGAGCAGCCGUUUAGUUCAGAGAUUCUGUUGCAUGCUCAGAAGGUGGGAUUUACCAUAAGCGCAUUCGGUGACCUUCUGGAUUUAAUAUUGUUAAACCUGAGAUAUGCAGAGAUCCCCAAUAUUGACGCCAUGAAAAUAGAAUACUGUUACCAAGCAGAUGCCUCUCUAAUUGGAACAAAAGAGGUCAACUUUGAAGAGGAGUGGGUUAAAAGUGAGCUAAAGCAUUAUUACUCCUUCUGGAGGGGCCAGAGGGAGGCCAAGGGUGUGGAUAUUGAGGAGGCAUGGAAAUGUCGGUCUUGUGACUUUGCUGACAUUUGUGAGUGGAGACAAAGUAAAGCUGAAGAAGCUACACAAAAGAAUCAGGCGAAUCGAAGCAAGUGAGGAUUGCACUCAACGUCUGGUUUUAAACGCAGACCAACAGAUUUGCCUUCUAGCUGGAAGAAAGCCACAGUCACGGUAUCACUGUAGGAUGUAAGCACAGUACAGGUUGACGAUCCUUUAUCCGAAAUGCUCGGGACUAGCUGUUUUUUGGAAUUCGGAAUUUUUCAGUUUUCAGAACAAGUGAGAGUUUAAUGGUGAAAUUUUGAAAAAUCUUAACGGAGGAGCAGACUUUUUAUUAAGAACGUGCUUGGCCAUUCCCCCCAUGUUGCAUUCUGAGUGACACACAUCGAGUGGGUAUCAACUUGGGGGUGUUCACAGAGAAACCCCAGGCCUGUCAGUGCUUGGUCACGACCCCACCCCCCCCCCCCAACAUCAGCAUCUUCGUGACAUGCAUCGAGUGGGUGUCGACCUGGGAUAAAAGUUUGCUCGCCAAACAAUCUUGGUAAUGAGAAAAAAACUUCACAAAAAACCUUUGGAUUUUGGAGCUUUUCAGUUUUUGGAUGUUCGGAUAAGGGAUUUUCUACCUGUAAUAUCUGAAUGCUUCUUGAUACUGCGAGAAUACUGAUUUUAUUCUGUGAUUUUACUGCCCAGAACAUUAACUUGGCUUUCUGCAGAGGGGGUUUCCAUUAAUGCCUUUCUGCUCCCUCACAGUUCUGUAAAGCAGUUUCCAAUCUAAUAUAUUUUUGUAUGUGAAGUGCCUUGUGAUACUGUUAAUUAUUGAUAUUUAGUGAGUGGCCUUUUGGGUAGAUGUGAUUUCCAACAGGCUAAGGUUAUCAGGAGUUAGUGUCUCCUUCAGCAUUUGUCAAUAUCUGCCCAAAUGCUGCUCCUGUCUUUUAACAUGAAAGCCUUGCCCAUCGUGUUUUUAUAUGAGAGUGUCCUGAUCUUAACUGGUUGAUGUAAAAAAGGGUGGGGAGGAAGAAAACCGUUUUGAAUGCUCUAAUCUGAUGGACCAUGCAAUGAGAUGAUUUUUAAGUGUAGCCAUUGUUGUAAAGUGGAGCUAAUAAUUUUGUUGAUGUACAGGCUGUACAAUGCAACUGGUCUUUAUCACAAAGUUUGCCAAAUUUCUCUCUCUCGCUCUUUGCUGUCAGUUUUAUAUGAUUCAACCUAAGCUGUCUUAUUGAUCAUGCCCAGGGAACCAUAAUUAUAAGCUGUGAGGAGAGACGAUUUGGAGAUGCCGAUGUUGGACUGGGCUAUACAAAGUUAAAAAUCGCACAACACCAGAUUAGU